AUGCUGACCGAACUAUUAGCUGGGCAGAAACUGAUGGCUCGUGAUAUCGCUGACAUUAAGCUUUUUCAGCAAACUGUCAACAAGCGUUUUGACGCGCUGGAAUCCCGUGUUGCCGCCCUUGAAGAGAACACCGCCGAUCCUAGUACCUCGUUUGAUCAGUGUGGUUCUGAUGUACGUUCUUUAUCUCGGGCCGUUUCGGAAUUAAUGAAAAAGAAUGAUGACCUUGAAAAUCGUUCCAGACGCAACAAUAUAAUUUUGCAUGGACUUGACGAAAAUGAUGGUGAAAACAACAACAUGCUUUUUUCUAGCGUACGCCAAUUUUUCACAGAGAAACUUAACAUUGAAUGCCCGACAAUUGAACGCUGUCAUAGAAUUGGCGCCAAACGUGAAGGUAGAUCGCGCCCCGUUAUAUUACGAGCACUAGACUUCAGGAAUAAGACAGAGAUAAUGAAAAUCGUCUCAAAGCUUAAAGGGACAAAAUUUUAUGUUACUGAGGAUUUCUCAGCUAACGUGCGUGUCAUUCGCAAGAAGCUAUGGACAGCAACGUCUUCUUUUCGUAACCGUGGUUCUGUGGUGAGGUUACGCUAUGACCACGUUUUCAUAAAUAAUGUGCGCUAUUGGUGGAAUGACACGGAAAAUGCAAUAGUCGACGAUUCAGGUCUCGCUGCAAACACCCCAGUGAACAAUUACAGUCUCUCUGCAGGCUUGUCAAACACUCCCCCAGCUACUUCAUCUUCACAUUGA